AUGCAGCCAACGCAACCAAUCUCGAGUCGAGAGCUGCGCAAAGCAGUCUCGCAGGCGCGUCGCUGCGACGACGAGUCGUGCAUCGCUCUCGUGCGCGCGUGCCCGGCCGCAUCGAUCGACGGGGGCAAUGCGAACGGCAAGACGGCGCUCAUGCUCGCGGCGCAGUUCCGACCGACGGCCGCGGUCGUCGAGGAGCUUUUACGACGCGGUGCAAACGUCGACACGACGACGCGCCGCGGCCACACCGCGUUGAUCUUCGCCGCGGGCCGCGGCCGCGACGCCACGAUCGUGACGCUGCUGCACGCCGGCGCGUCGGCGUGCGUUCGUACAGUGACGGGCGACACGGCGCUGGACAUGGCGCGCGGGCGCGCGUCGCCCGAGGUCGUGGCGCUGCUCGAGCACGCCGAGGCGACGGGUGGCCCGUGGCGCUCCUUCGUCGACGACCCGGACGCGCUCGCCGCCCAGGCAGAACAUGCCAAGACCUGCGCCGUCUGCCGCGCGAAGCUCGGGGAGGCAUUUCCGGACGACGCCUCGAACGAGGCGGACCGGCGCGAGGCGGCGCUCGCGGCCGAGACCGCGGCGACGAGCGAGCGCUGCCGCGCGGCGGAGGACGCGGCGUCGCUGUCGCGGGCGCUCGUUCUGUCGGCGUGCGCGGCCGCGGCCGCGUCGCGGCCGACGCCGGUGCGCGACGCGUCCAAGCGCGUGCUCGGCCCCGCGCUGGUCGACGCCGCGGCGCGCGACGCGCCAACGCUGCUCCGCGCCUGCGCCGACGGCGCGCUGGGCCGCGCGCUCCCGACGCGGGACCGGCGGCCGAUACGAUUGGUGUUGGAGGCGCUGCUCGGCGGUGGCGCGGUAUUCGAGCCGGCGGCCCUCGUCGACUUCGCUCGGGCGGAUCCCCAGUCCUACGCGACGGCGCUGGAGCUCUACGCCCGCGGCGGUGCUUCUGAGCCCACAUGCGCGACGGAGCUUUGGAAGAUCGCACUCGAGGCGCUCGGCCGACGCCUCCACGCGGGCGAGGCCCUCGGUGUCUAUGGCGUAUUAGCGGCGUCGAGGCGCCGGCGGAAGAGCGAGGGCGGCGCGACGGUCGACUCGCUGGUCCACGCGCGCGCGUGGGGCGUCGCCUGCCUGCCCGGAGGCGACGGGCUCGACGCUAUCGAUGCGCUCGCGGUCACCCUGGGCGUCGGCGCCAAGUACAGCGCCGCCAUAGGGGCGCCCGAGCCGCCGCCCGUCGCGAAGAGCGCGCCGGUCGUCGCUUACGCGUCGCUGCCGCCGCUCGAACCGGUCCCUACCAGUUCCGUGGUCUGGGUCGGCGACGCAGCUUCGUUGGACGCCGCGGGCGCGGCGGUCGCCGCGGCGAGCCGCGUGGCCGUCGACACGGAAUGGGGCCAAUCCGGCGACGAUGACCCCGCGGCGCCGCCGGCGCUGAUUCAGGCCGCGGUCGGCGAGCGCGUCUACCUCGUCGACGCGCUGACGCUCCGCCGGACCGAUGCCCUCGGACGCUUCGUCGAGGGGCUUCUCUACGGCGAGGGUCCCCUCCUUGGCUUCGCGUUCGAGCACGACCGCGUCCGCCUCGAGGCGCUGCUGCCCGCCGCCGCCGGCCGCCCGCGGCGGCUCGUCGUGGACCUGCAGCGGGCGGGCCACGUAGGGCUCCGGGACGCCUGCGCGACGUGGCUCGGCCAGCGCCUCGACAAGUCCGAGCAGUGCUCGGACUGGGAGCGGCGGCCGCUGUCGCACGCGCAGGUCGCGUACGCGGCGCUGGACGCUUCCGUCUUGUUCGCGUUGCAUGAUGCUAUGUGUGCUUAA